AUGGCGCGUGCCCGCGGCUCCCCGUGCCCCCCGCUGCCGCCCGGUAGGAUGUCCUGGCCCCACGGGGCCCUGCUCUUCCUCUGGCUGUUCUCCCCACCCCUGGGGGCCGGCGGGGGCGGCGUGGCCUUGACCUUGGCUGCCGGAGGGGGCUCCCCGCCAGCCACCUCAUGCCCCGCAGCCUGCUCCUGCAGCAACCAGGCCAGCCGGGUGAUCUGCACGCGGAGAGAGCUGGCCGAGGUCCCCGCCAGCAUCCCUGUCAACACGCGGUACCUGAAUCUGCAGGAGAACGGCAUCCAGGUGAUCCGGACGGACACGUUCAAGCACCUGCGGCACCUGGAGAUCCUGCAGCUGAGCAAGAACCUGCUGCGCAAGAUCGAGGUGGGAGCCUUCAACGGGCUGCCCAGCCUGAACACGCUGGAGCUGUUCGACAACCGGCUGACCACGGUGCCCACGCAGGCCUUCGAGUACCUGUCCAAGCUGCGGGAGCUCUGGCUGCGCAACAACCCCAUCGAGAGCAUCCCCUCGUACGCCUUCAACCGCGUGCCCUCGCUGCGGCGCCUCGACCUGGGCGAGCUCAAGCGGCUGGAGUAUAUCUCGGAGGCGGCCUUCGAGGGCCUGGUCAACCUGCGCUACCUCAACCUGGGCAUGUGCAACCUCAAGGACAUCCCCAACCUGACGGCCCUGGUGCGCCUGGAGGAGCUGGAGCUGUCGGGCAACCGGCUGGACCUGAUCCGCCCCGGCUCCUUCCAGGGCCUCACCAGCCUGCGCAAGCUGUGGCUGAUGCACGCCCAGGUGGCCACCAUUGAGCGCAACGCCUUCGACGACCUCAAGUCUCUGGAGGAGCUCAACCUGUCCCACAACAACCUGAUGUCGCUGCCCCAUGACCUCUUCACGCCCCUGCACCGCCUGGAGCGCGUCCACCUCAACCACAACCCCUGGCACUGCAACUGCGACGUGCUCUGGCUGAGCUGGUGGCUCAAGGAGACCGUGCCCAGCAACACGACCUGCUGCGCCCGCUGCCACGCGCCCGCCGGCCUCAAGGGGCGCUACAUCGGCGAGCUGGACCAGUCGCACUUCACCUGCUACGCGCCGGUCAUCGUGGAGCCGCCCACGGACCUCAACGUCACCGAGGGCAUGGCCGCCGAGCUCAAGUGCCGCACGGGCACCUCCAUGACCUCGGUCAACUGGCUGACGCCCAACGGCACCCUCAUGACCCACGGCUCGUACCGCGUGCGCAUCUCCGUCCUGCACGACGGCACGCUCAACUUCACCAACGUCACCGUGCAGGACACCGGCCAGUACACGUGCAUGGUGACGAACUCGGCCGGCAACACCACCGCCUCGGCCACGCUCAACGUCUCGGCCGUGGACCCCGUGGCGAAGGCGUUCACGGUGCCCAUCACGGACGUGACGGAGAACGCCCUCAAGGACCUGGACGACGUCAUGAAGACCACCAAGAUCAUCAUCGGCUGCUUCGUGGCCAUCACGUUCAUGGCCGCCGUGAUGCUCGUGGCCUUCUACAAGCUGCGCAAGCAGCACCAGCUCCACAAGCACCACGGGCCCACGCGCACCGUGGAGAUCAUCAACGUGGAAGACGAGCUGCCCGCCGCCUCCGCCGUGUCCGUGGCCGCCGCCGCCGCCGUGGCCAGCGGGGGCGGCGUGGGCGGGGACAGCCACCUGGCCCUGCCCGCUCUGGAGCGCGACCACCUCAACCACCACCACUACGUGGCGGCCGCUUUCAAGGCGCACUACAGCAGCGCCCCGAGCGGCGGGGGCUGUGGGGGGAAGGGCCCGCCCGGCCUCAACUCCAUCCACGAACCUCUGCUCUUCAAGAGCGGCUCCAAGGAGAACGUGCAAGAAACGCAGAUCUGACACUGUCGCUGCCGCCGCUGUCGCCGCCGGGCGGGGCCCCGGGC